GCUGCCGUUCCCCAACUCCCCGACCUCGAGUCCUCGACCCAUCUCCUGCUGCUCUUCGUCUUCAACCCCUCCUCCGCGGCGAAAUCCUAGCCCGUCACCUCCCCGCCCGUAGCCGCCGGCGUAUGGCGACGGCGUGAUUGGCCCAGUGGCCCGCCCCCCACCUCCGCCCUUGCCCGCCGCCGCAUCUGAUGUUCCUCUCCCGCAUCGUCCUGCGCGACCUGGACUCCAUCUACUCCCCGGCCUCCAUGGCGUCCUCGAAGAAGGUGGUGACCCGCGACGAGUGGGAGCGGAAGCUCCGCGACGUCAAGAUCCGCAAGGAGGACAUGAACCGCCUCGUCAUGAACUUCCUCGUCACCGAGGGCUUCGUCGACGCCGCCGACAAGUUCCGCGUCGAGUCCGGCACCCAGCCGGAGAUUGACCUGGCGACCAUCACGGAUCGGAUGGAGGUUAAGAGGGCGGUGCAGUCGGGGAAUGUUCAGGAGGCCAUCGAGAAAAUAAAUGAUCUUAACCCCACGAUUCUGGAUACGAAUCCCCAACUAUACUUUCAUCUUCAGCAACAGAAAUUAAUAGAGUUGAUUCGUCUGGGAAAAAUAAAUGAAGCUUUGGAGUUUGCUCAAGAAGAGCUUGCACCAAGAGGCGAAGAAAAUCAAGCAUUUCUUGAAGAAAUAGAGAAAACUGUAGCACUACUGGUUUUUGAAGAUGCAAAAAAUUGCCCUUAUGGGGAACUGUUGGAUGUUUCUCAACGUUUGAAGACUGCAAGUGAAGUUAACGCUGCUAUUCUUACAAGCCAAAGUCAUGAGAAAGAUCCGAAACUUCCUAGCCUGUUAAAGAUGCUGAUUUGGACUCAAAAUCAACUGGACGAAAAGGCGGCAUAUCCACGAAUCAAUAACUUCACCACUGCCGAACUGGAAGAUCCAUCGAUAUGAAUCUGCUGCUGAGGCGAUGAUAACUGAGCUUAGGGCUUAGGCACCAUGCCCGUCUGGUACCUGCACAAGUCCUGCCCUGGAUCUGUGGCCUACAGCGGUUGAGAGCACUGCUUUCUUCAGUGUUUGAGCUCAAUGCAAUCAAUUGAUCAGCAAACUUCACCGUGCUGUACCUGUACAUGAUGUAGAAUACGUUUUCGUCCUAUUUUAAUCAGUGGAAAAUAUUGGAUUUGAUUUUUCAUGAAUACACAAAUGUUUUCAGUCAAAUUUUAUGCCUUCAA